AUGAUACUAAAUAACAGAUUCCACGCGGCGACGAAAGUGGCGAAACUUCCAUCCCUGGAAUCCACGUUCACGGACGAAACGAGGUUACUGUUAUACGCGUUAAAAUCGCAAGCUAUGCACGGCCCGACGGAAAUCAAAAGCAAAUGGCACAUGACGAGAGAGGAACGAGGGAAGUACGAAACGUGGGCGAAUUUGGGGAAAAUGUCGAAUUUUGAAGCCAUGCGAUUGUACGUGAAGCUCUUAGAGGAGGAAGAUAAGUAUUGGUACGAAGCGAUCGACGAAGAAACGAUGGAGAUUAAAGAGAAUUUCGGGAAAGUGAUGACGGAGGAAGAGAGGAUGAAUAGUAACAACGCGAGCGCGUGCGCGCGGGUGAAGAAAGUGGCAAAGUGGGCGGAAGCGAUGGAGAGGGGGAGGUGGGAAACGACUACUACUACUACAACUUCUACUUCGAAACCACCGUGUCCGAGAUACCAACACGGAGCGACGUUAACCGGCGAUGGAUCGAAGAUGAUUGUUUCCGGCGGGUGUUAUCGAGGGCGAUUUGUCGCCGAUACGUACGCGUUCGACGUCGCCGCGUCGAGAUGGAGAAAGAUGGAAUACACCGAAGACGAAAGAGUAUGGGGGAAGAGUUUCAAGCAGGAAGAGAAAGAGAGCUUAGCGCCGAUUAGUGGUCACAGAUUGAUCACUUUGAAAGAUGGGUACACGUAUUCGUUCGGAGGUAAGUUUUCAAAGGGUUCGAAGAGGGCCAACGAUACCGAUUUAGCCGUCUUUCGAUUGGCGUUGAUGGAAGCGGAGGAAAAUUCUUCUUCUUCUUCUUCUACUAGCGUUCUCAAAGGCGCGUGGAUUCCGGUGCACGUGAAAGGGAAGAGAGGCCCGUGCGCUCGACGAGGCAUGUCUGUCACGAAAGUAGGCAAAGACGGCGACGUGGUCGUAUUCGGCGGCGAAGACGAAGAUCGAAGAUAUUUGAACGAUUGUUGGCGCUUAGAUUUUAAAACUAUGAGUUGGGUCGCGUGCGAUGAGAAUACGAACGCGUUGACGGGAAAUAGUUCGGAGGAUCAAAAGGAAAAAGCGGCGGUUGCGUCGGUGUCGGCGACUUUCGUAACGCCGGCGGCGCGAGCCGAGCACGUCGCCAUCCCGUGGGGCCGCGAUAAGAUGAUCAUUUUUGGUGGCACGGGAGCCUCUUUCAAGUGCUUCGACGACUUAUACGCCUUGGACGUGUCGAGUGGGAAAUGGAAGGCGGUAUCCGCCUCUUCUUCUUCGAACAAUAAUGUUAGCAAAACUCCAUUAGCUCGGGCCGGUCAUUGCGUCGCGUCGCUAAAGAACGACCGGUACGCGUUAAUCAUUGGCGGCGGGAACAACCAAAACGGCGUACUGGAAACCGCGAUUUUAGAUUUGAACGAAGUGAAAUGGAUCACGUCCGACGACGAGAACAACCCCGAGUUUAUGAAGUUUGAAAGUCCAAAAUUUGUCGGCGAAGGCAUGAGCGCGGUGAGCUUUGAAUCUGUGGACGGUAACGAGUCCGUUUUAAUGACGUUUGGGGGUUAUAACGGUUCUUGCGGGAACGAUUUACAAGUGUAUAAGUUACCGAACGAGUUCCCAACAAGGGGUACUACGAUUGCCAAAGAAACGACGACGACUACGGGGAAGACGACGACGACGCCAUCGACGAACAACAACAACAACAACAACAACAAAGGAGACGGAGAAGACGAGAAGAAGAUAGCAGAACUUCAUCACCUCUUGACGCAAGCCAGAGAAGAGGCGAACCAAAUCCGCGCCGACGCUCGUCUCGUCGUCGACGCGCACGCCUCUUUACAAUCAAAACUCGAACACACAGAACGCAUGCGUGUGGACGCCGAAAGCCUCCUUAAAUCCGAACGAAAAAUCAAAGCGCAAUUAAACGAUAAGUUAGAGCGUUUGGACCGUGAGAAUCUUCGCUUGAGAGAGAGAUUAAAGGAGUACGAAGGUAAUAAUAAGGCUUGGUUUUAA